GUCGUUCCUCUCCCUCCGACUAGGAAACACGUUCCCUGCACGGAACCAACGAGAAGGAGAAUCGCACAACGAGGCGAAGAAAGGCCUGUCGUGAGUCAGAGGUGGAGUGACGCCCGCUGCCAGGCGAGGACACAGAUAGGAACGUUUGAGUCCAGGGUCGAGUUUCAGGGGGGACUUUGCUAGGGAGGAUUGCAGUGAGCAACGCUUGAGGGGAGACGCUUAAGGUAGUGUUGCAGUGAAACGCCCCCACCCGGGAAGCGUUGCUGAAAUAGCUCCCUCCCCAGGAAGCCGACUUUCAAGGCACUGGUUGGGUACUUGGGGAAACUCUUCACCAUGAGGCUCUGAAGGGCGACAACUACAGAAUUUCCAUAUAUCUGACUCAAUGAACUCAUUAGUUGCAUACGAUGAUUCGGACUCUGAGACAGAUGCUGGCAAGUCUGAAGAUGCUCUUAGCAGUGAAGCGAACCUUGAAAAUCCUGCCCUGGCUGCUGUUGAGUCCAGGGGUGGAUUCGACAUGAUUUCUGAAAGCCAAAUCCAGUCUGUAAGCUUCAUGGCUGGUUCCAAAAGGAACGUCUCCCACAGUGCUCCCUUUUUAUAUCGUGUAGAAGCUAAUAAAAAGUCUUGGGCUGAAAUGCAUCCUAAUAAAAUUUAUCCUGCUGCAUUACAAACGGCUAGUAGUUUGGGGCAAUCCUUGAAUCCUUUGCAGAAGCAUCAAGUACUUUCUGAAAAGAGUUAUUUUCAGAAGAGGGUGCACGAGGACAGUGAUGUUACUUUACAGGGACUGAGGCCAUACAUUCCUAAAAGGCUGAGAAAGGAAAAAAAUCCUGAAGCUGAAAAUGGGGGAGAAAGCACAAAUAACUCAGCCAAGUGUGGCGUUGCAGGAGACGGAAUGUCCAUUGAAAUUUCCAAAUACAUCAUGCCGUACAUAGGAUCCAAAUAUGGGGCAACAGCAAUUCCCACAAACUUGGUGUUCCAUAUGUCUAAACACAGUGGUCCCAUCAACGUUGUCCGGUGGUGUCCUGUUCAGAAAUGGAGCCACAUGUUGCUCUCUGCAUCUAUGGAUAAUACUGUCAAGGUUUGGGAUGCUGUGGACCGAGGCCAUUGCUUAAAGACAUAUUCUUGCCACUCCUGUGCCGUUCGAGAUGCCCACUGGUUGCCUUCUGGAAGUGGCUUUCUCAGCGGGGGCUUCGAUUCAAUGCUUCAUUUAACAGAUAUCGAGACAGGAGCACAGGUAUUUAGUGGUAGGAGUGAUUUUCGAAUUGGCACCCUGAAGUUUCACCCUGCUGAUCCUAAUGUUUUUAUUUGUGGAGGAUUUAGUCCGGAAGUCAUAGCCUGGGACAUCAGGAUUUGCAAGGCAAUUAAAAUGUACAAAGCUGCAGUACAGCAAACCUUGGAUAUCAUGUUCCUUUCUGAAGGAAAAGAAUUCCUCACCAGCACAGACGCAGUAAGCCAAGAUUCCGCUGACCGUACCAUCAUUGCUUGGGACUUCCAGACAGGCGCAAAGAUCUCCAACCAGAUUUUCCAUGAGCGCUAUACCUGUCCCUGUCUAACGCCUCACCCAAAAGACUCGGUCUUUGUGGCUCAGACAAACGGAAACUAUAUGGCCUUGUUCUCAAGCCUUCGACCCUACCGAAUCAACAAAAGGAAGAGAUAUGAAGGCCAUAAGGUUGAAGGGUUUGCUGUUGGCUGUGAGUUCUCUCCAGAUGGAACACUUCUUGCAACCGGGAGUUCGGAGGGCAAAGUGUUUUUCUACAGCUAUAGUACAGCUCGAAUUGUGCGAACAUUGUCUGCGCAUGGGUCGGCCUGUGUGAACGCCACUUUUCACCCCGUCAUCCCAUCGCUUCUUGCUACCUGUGGUUGGGAUGGAGAGAUCAAGAUAUGGCAGUAAUG